AGUGACCGUGCUCGGUGGGUUUACAGUAAAAAUGGCUUCCUCAGUCUCGUGAGAUUAUCGUGCUCUUCAAUCAGUGACGCACGAUUAGAGACGAACAGCAGAGCUGUUUCUGAACUCUGCACAGACACGUUGCCGAGUCGACGAUGGAGAGCAAGAAGAGAAGGGGUAUCUUGGAGCGACUAAAUGCUGGAGAGGUGGUUGUAGGAGAUGGAGGUUAUGUGCUGCAGCUAGAGCGACGUGGAUAUGUGAAGGCAGGACACUGGACACCUGAGGCAGCUGUUGAACACCCAGAAGCAGUGCGGCAGCUGCACAGAGAGUUCCUGAGAGCAGGAGCCAAUGUGAUUCAGACGUUCACCUUCUACUGCAGUGAGGACAAGCUGGAGAUAAGCGGCAACGUCCCCAACAUCACUGGGGCCCAGAUCAAUGAGGCAGCCUGUGACCUGGCGAGGGAGGUAGCCAAUGAGGGUGAUGCGUUGGUCGCUGGGUGCGUUUCUAAGACUCCCUGUUAUACGAAGAGUCACAAUGAGCCAGAGGUCAAGGCCAUCUUUAAGAAACAGAUGGAUGACUUCCUCAAGAAGGACAUUGAUUUCCUUAUAGUGGAGUUCUUUGAUCACGUGGAGGAGGCAGUGUGGGCAGUGGAGGUGCUAAAGACCAGCGGUAAAGCAGUGGGUGCAACUCUGUGCAUCUCCCCUCAAGGAGACAUGCAGGGAGUCCCACCUGGAGAGUGUGCUGUCAGGCUGGUCAAAGCUGGAGCUGACAUUGUUGGAAUAAAUUGCCACCUGGACCCUCUGACGUGCGUUCGUACAGUGAAGUUGAUGAAAGAGGGAUUAGAGAGAGCUGGUCUCAAAGCACAUCUCAUGAUCCAGCCGCUGGGCUUUCACACACCUGAGUGCAACUUGGGUGGAUACACCAGCCUACCUGAGUACCCCUUCGCACUGGAGACCAGAGCAAUGACCCGCUGGGAUAUCCAUAAAUAUGCCAGAGAGGCUUACAAUGCUGGAAUUCGCUACAUUGGGGGCUGCUGUGGAUUUGAGCCCUACCAUAUCAGAGCUAUAGCAGAAGAGGUGGCUGCAGAGAGAGGAUUCCUCCCACCAGCUUCAGAGAAGCACGGACUGUGGGGAGCUGCUCUGGAGAUGCACACUAAACCCUGGGUCAGAGCCAGGUCGCGUCGAGAGUACUGGGAAAACCUGUUGCCUGCUUCUGGACGUCCCAAAUGUCCCUCCAUGGCCACAGCAGAGGAUGAUUAUGAAGAACAGCUGAAAUCUACCACACCAUCCUAAUACAGUUUGCUCUGUUCUUUAUAUGUCUGAUCAGAGUGUCCCUUUUUUUUUAGAUCAAGAAUGUCAAUCAAUGAUCUGAUCUUUGUUUGCACAGAGGUUUGUGAAAUGUGUUGUUGGCUACUGUUUCAGAACUCAGCAGCCCCUCAUUAUUUGGUCACUCCAGUUGGCUUGGCCUUAUUAUACUUAACUUCAUCAUUAAAUUGGCCGCUUUGUGUCUUUUUUAUUUUCUGUAACUGUAUGCACUAUUCCUAACCUUUAUAACUAAUACAUAGAUUGUACACAGUCAUAUCAGUUGUGAAACAUCUUCUUAGGUUUAAUCAUAUCGGUUCAUUGAUUGUUGUAAACUGCUGUGAAAUAUUUUCACGUAAUAAAUAAAGACAUAAAAUUCUCU